GGACAAUUAGCUCGAGCAGCGGGUGCAAUGGCGAAACUGAUUGCAAAAGAGGGUAAAUCAGCCACAUUAAAAUUACCUUCUGGCGAGGUCCGUUUUAUAUCCCAAAAUUGCUCCGCAACAAUCGGACAAGUCGGAAAUGUUGGGUUCAACCAAAAAAAAUUGGGUAGAGCUGGAGCUAAACGAUGGCUAGGUAAGCGUCCUGUAGUUAGAGGAGUAGCUAUGAACCCCGUAGACCAUCCACAUGGGGGCGGUGAGGGUAGAGCCCCUAUUGGGAGAAAAAAACCUACAACCCCUUGGGGUUAUCCCGCACUUGGAAGAAAAACUAGAAAGAGGAAUAAAUAUAGUGAGAAGCUCAUUCUUCGUCAUCGCAGUUAAUAUAAUAUAUUAUAGUAUCAAAAUUAAUAGAAU